CCCUCCAUUGUGGAGGGCCGUCCACUGUCUGCCUCUUCUCCACCUUCAUAAGUUCGCCUUUGUUAGGCAUCUAAGGGAUAGAGGCAACUCAGGAGCAACCAUGAUUCUUCUUCUAGUGCUUCAACUACUGGUUUCGUGUCUGAGAGUCUCGGAAGGCCAACCACCCGUUCCGGGCGUAAUCAUCUUCGGCGACUCCACCGUCGACGUCGGCAACAACAACAAUCUCCUCACUCUGGUGAAGGCCAACUUCCCCCCUUACGGAAGAGACUUCCUUGAUCACUCACCGACAGGGAGGUUCAGCAAUGGCAAACUGGCCAUCGACUUGACGAGUGCUAAAAAUCGUUGUGUUUACGCAAUCUACCAUUACAAAAAUUUACCUUUACUUUUUGUUCACGGAUCUGCAGUUGACUAUCUUGGAUUCACUUCAUACCCUCCUGCUUAUCUCGACAAGGAGGCAUCUGGGGACGACUUACUGAAUGGUGCCAACUUUGCUUCUGCUUCCUCAGGCUUCCUGGACUCUACGGCGACCUUAUAUCGAGCUGUGUCUCUAACGCAGCAGCUGAGAUACUACAAGGAAUACCAGGCGAAGGUGGAGAGGAUUGCCGGAAAAGCCAAGGCGGCAGAGUUGUUUGCCGGAUCCAUCUAUGUUUUGAGCACCGGAAGCAGUGAUUUCUUGCAGAAUUACUACAUCAAUCCCCUGCUCCGCCUUGUGUACUCCACGGAUCAGUUCUCCGACUUGCUGCUGCUGCAGUCUUUCACCAAAUUUGUCCAGAACUUGUACAGUUUGGGGGCGAGACGAAUAGGCGUGACGUCAUUACCGCCGGUCGGCUGCCUUCCCGCGUCCAUCACAUUGUUUGGCGGCCUAGGAAGAGGGUGUGUGGGGCGGCUCAAUGAUGAUGCAGUGGCUUUCAACAGGAAACUGAAUGCAGCAGCUGAAGCCUUGAAGAGGAGCCACCAGGGGCUGAAGCUGGUUGUCCUGGACAUCUACAACCCUUUUCUAAACAUUGUCCACAACCCAGAAGACAACGGAUUCGUGCAAGUGAGGAAGGCAUGUUGCGGAACGGGGACACUCGAGACAUCACUGCUCUGCAAUGCAGCAUCACUGGGAACAUGUAGCAACGCGACGGAGUACAUGUUCUGGGACAGCUUCCACCUCACGGAGGCAGCCAACGUUAUAUUGGCUGAUGCUCUUCUACUUCAAGGCAUCGAACUCAUUUCCUAAUUGUAUGUCGAGGCAUAGCAGUGAUGCGAAUGGCAUAAGCAAUCGUAGUGUGUGCAUGGAGAAAAGGAUAUUAACAAUCUCCUUAGUAGUAUGUGUACUCAGGGCUGUCACUAGUCAAUAAGGAAAGAGGUAAGGAGACCUAUUCACCUUCCUAUGUGAGAAUCACUUGAUAGGGCAGGCCCAAUUUUGCUCCAAAAAAUUGUUCAGGAGAAUGCUGUAAAAGCAGCUUCCUCUUAAAUUAUUACCAAGCUUAGUUCUUCCUCUCCA